CCUGGAUCAAGCCUUGUAAUUACAAGGCGUCGCGCGGACAUUCAAAGACUGCCAACAAGUCAGUCCAACACAAAAGUUUCUGGCGUAACAAUUACGCAAGUGACCUUUGAGACACUGUUGUUCUGAUUUUGGCGCCAAUUUUAGAGUUCCCCUGCAAAAUAGGGCCACUAUCUUUCUCUCUCUUCCCUCUCACUCUUCACAAUUUAACCAAAACCCUAACUUUAUCUCCGGUUUCCAUGAAUUCCAGUUACUAGGCUUUCUUAGGGUUUCUCAAUCGAAUUUCAUCGGCUUCAAUUUACGGUUUCCAAUGUCCGAUCGAUGUGCUAAACGCCCCAAACUCACUAGAGGGCCAGAUGGUUAUUUGCCUGGAAAUAUAACUAAGAUUGAGCUUUAUAACUUCAUGACCUUUAGUGACGUGACAUGCCAGCCUGGUUCGCGUUUAAACCUAGUAAUUGGUCCUAAUGGUUCCGGGAAAAGCUCGAUUGUAUGCGCUAUUGCACUUGGUCUUGGUGGUGAUCCUCAGAUACUUGGGAGAGCUGGAAGUAUUGGGGCAUAUGUAAAACGGGGAGAAGAAUCUGGACACAUCAAGAUCACCUUGAGAGGUGAUUCUAAUGAGCAGCAGAUUUGUAUUACUCGUAAAAUUGACACGAGUAACAAGUCUGAGUGGCUGUUGAAUGGCAAUACGGCAGCAAAGAAAGAUAUUAUUGAAGUUGUUAAAAAAUUCAAUAUACAAGUUAACAAUUUGACUCAGUUUUUACCGCAAGACAAAGUGUGCGAGUUUGCCAAGUUAAGUCCUGUAGACCUGUUACGUGCAACAGAAAAUGCUAUAGGUGAUCCUCAACUAGCAAUGCAACAUGAUGCUCUUAUAGAAAAAAGUGGUCAGCUGGGCAGACUCCAGAGAGCUGUUGACGGGAAUAAAGUGACGUUAAACCAGCUUCAGGCUCAACAUGCUGAACAGGAAAGGGAUGUUGAACGAGUUCGUCAGAGAGAAGACCUUCUAGAUCAGGUUGCUUUAUUGAAGAAGAAGUUACCUUGGUUGAAAUAUGAUCAGAAUAAAGCUGAAUAUCUGGAAGCCAAAAAGCGGGUUGAAGACGCAAAUAAGAAAUAUGUUGAAGCUGCAAAGAUCUUGAAUGAUCUACUGGAACCUAUUAAACAGCAGGAGGAGGAAAAAGCACUGCAGGACUCAAAGGGGAAAACAGUGCAGAAUACUUUGAGUAGGAUUGCCCAAAGGUGCAAGCAACUUCAGGAGAAUGAAAUUCAAUGGGAAGUCGAUGUAACUGGAAAAUACAAGGACAUGGAAGAAUUGAAGAGGCAUGAAGAAUCACGUCAGCAAAGAAUUUUGGAGGCUAGAGAUGAUCUUGCAGCUGCUGAACUAGGACUAGCAAACUUGCCACCUUAUGAGCCUCCAAGGGAUGAAUUUGAAAGAUUGGGGGCCAAAAUUGUAGAACUUGAACACAAUGCAAAGGAGAUUAGGGAGCAAAAGACCGAGAACCGUGACAUUUGGUCUGAACACAGAAAAGAACUGACACGGUUGGAUGAAAGUUUAAAGGCUAUGGAGAAUAAAAAUUACAAGCUUCUGGAAGGGCUGAAAAACAGUGGAGCAGACAAGAUAUUUGAAGCUCACCGUUGGUUAAAGGAACAUCGCGGCCAGCUGAAAAGAGAGGUUUACGGACCUGUUCUGCUUGAGGUUACUGUCAAGGAUCAAUCUCAUGCUGACUAUUUGGGGGGCCAAGUUCCACAUUACAUAUGGAAGUCCUUCAUUACUCAAGAUCCUGGCGAUCGAGACUUUUUGGCGAAAAAUAUGAAAUCGUUUAACGUCCCAAUUCUUAACUAUGUCCCUAAUGAAGAACGGCAUAGAGAUUCCUUUCGAAUAUCCGAGGAGAUGCGUAAGCUUGGGAUACAUGCUAGGCUUGAUCAAAUUUUUGAUGCCCCAGCUGCUGUCAAGGAGGUUCUGAUUAGUCAGUCUGGUCUUGAUAAUUCGUACAUUGGUACCGUGGAAACCGAUCGACGGGCAGAUGAAGUUGAAAAGUUGGGAAUACAUGAUUUUUGGACUCCAGCUAACCACUAUAUUUGGUCCAGAUCUAGAUAUGGUGGUCAUGUGUCUGCUAGUGUUGUAUCAGUUUCUAGAUCCAGUCUUCUUUCGUGCAGUUCAGAUAAUACAGAAAUUGAGACUCUUAGAUCCAAGAAAAUUGAGCUUCAACAGAAAAUCAAUGAAUUUGACGAAAGUCUGAAAUCUCUGCAGUCUGAGCUUAACCAGAUUGAAAAUGAAGCUUCUAAAUAUUACAAACAACGGGAGGAAGUGACCGGCAGGGUACAGUAUGAGAAGAGAAGACGGAAGCUUUUGGAAAACCGUAGGAAUCAGACGAUGUGUAAAUUGAAAUCCAUUGAAGAGGAGGGGGAUGUUGAUAGUCAGAUUGCCAGCCUGGCUGAUCAAGCUGUAAAUUUGAAUGUCCAGCGGUUUCAUAAUGCAAUUGAGAUUAAGAAUUUACUAAUGGAAGCUCUAAAAAACAAAUGGUCUCUUGCUGAAAAACGCCUCUCUGUUGUUGAAAUUGAUGUAAAGAUACGAGAGUCUGAAAUGGAAAUUAGGCAGCAAAACUCGUUCACUACGGAAGCAAGCAAGCAAUUGCAGCAAUGUAAGAAAGAAGUGGAAAGACACAAGGAGCUGCUUACAAAGGCCAAGAAAUAUGCAGAAUCUAUUGCAACGAUCACUCCUGAAAUUAAGGAGGCCUUCCUUAAGAUGCCUGGUACAGUUGAGGAACUUGAGGCUGCUAUUCAAGAUAAUUUGGAGCAAGCUAGUUCCAUCCUCCUACUCAAUCAUAAUGUCGUGGCAGAAUAUGAAAUGCGACGAAGAAAGAUUGAAGCCCUGGCAAGAACACUUGAAGAAGAAGAACAUGGAUUAAGGACUCUUUUGGCUGAAAUAGAUGCCUUGAAGGCUAGCUGGCUUCCAACAUUGCAGAAUCUUGUUUCUCAGAUCAAUGGAACAUUUGGUCAUAAUUUCCAGGAGAUGGCUGUUGCUGGAGAAGUAUUAUUAGAUGAGCACGACAUGGACUUUGGUGCAUACGGUAUUGUUAUAAAAGUAAAGUUCAGGCAAGCUGGACAACUUCAAGUCCUCAGUGCCCAUCAUCAAUCUGGAGGGGAGCGUUCAGUUUCAACCAUACUGUACCUUGUUUCUCUACAGGAUCUUACCAUUUGCCCCUUUAGAGUAGUUGAUGAAAUUAAUCAAGGAAUGGAUCCCAUCAACGAAAGAAAGAUGUUUCAGCAGUUGGUGAGAGCUUCUAGUCAACCAAAUACACCACAGUGCUUUUUGCUGACACCCAAAUUGCUGCCCAACCUAGAUUAUGGUGAUGCAUGUACCGUCCUGAAUAUCAUGAAUGGACCAUAUAUUGAAGAGCCUGCUAAAGCGUGGAGCAAUGGAGAAUGUUGGGGUACAGUCAUAAUGCAACUGAGUCAAGCUCAAUGCUAAUGUUUGUGUUCGUUGUAGUUGUGAUUUUUGGUAAAAGUCAGAAAAUCAACUCCUAUGAUUUAGGUUUCGGUUUUCCUUUUGGGAACAGUUCAUAUUAUUGAUUGUAAUCCUAAAGCAUUGUGGUUACACACUUAGAAGCUGUAGCAACAAAUCUAUACUUGAUUUUAAGCCGCUGGCCUGAAUGAAAUGAUUUCAAGUGAAAUUAUUAUGA